AGAAAAUUUCUCUGUGUGCAAUAAAUGUAGCAAAAAUAUUUACCAGAAGUCAGAAUUCACUAGAGAGAAGAUGCUUCCCACUGAGGAGAAACCGUAUGAUUGUAAUGAACCUGUAAGAUCCUUUUGCACUCAAUCAGGUCUCCUUACACAUCAGAGAAUUCACACAGCGGGAAAAUCAUACAAUUGUAAUGAAUGUGAGAAAUCUUUUUGUCAGAAGUCAUCCCUAAUCAGACAUCAGAGAAUCCACACAGGGGGAAAACCUUAUGAAUGUAGGGAAUGUGGAAAAGCCUUUUGCCAGCAGUCCAGUCUCAUUGUACAUCAGAGAAUCCACACAGGGGAAAAACCUUAUAAAUGUAGUGAAUGUGGAAAAGCUUUUUGUCGGAAGUCACACCUAACUGUGCAUCAGAGAAUCCACACAGGAGAGAAACCUUACAAAUGCAGUGAAUGUGGAAAAGCUUUUUGUCGGAAGUCACAGCUAAGCAUACAUCAGAAAAUCCGCACAAGGGAAAAAGCUUAUGAAUGUAUUGAUUGUGGAAAAAGUUUUUAUUCAAAGUCACACCUAACUGUGCAUCAGAGAAUCCACACAGGGGAAAAACCUUAUGAAUGCAGUGAAUGUGGAAAACGUUUUUAUUCGACGUCACAGCUUAUCACACAUCAGAGAAUUCACGCAGGAGUAAAAGCUUAUAAAUGUACUGAAUGUGGAAAAGGAUUUUGUCGGAAGGCACACCUAAUCCGACAUCAGAAAAUUCACACAGGAGAAAAACCUUAUAAAUGUACUGAGUGUGGAAAAGGUUUUUGUCAGAAGUCACACCUAAGACAUCAGAGGAUUCACACAGGGGAAAAACCUUAUGAAUGCAGUGUAUGUGGAAAAGCCUUUUGCCAGCAGUCCGGUCUCAUUGUACAUCAGAGGAUUCACACAGGGCAAAAACCUUAUAAAUGUAGUGAAUGUGGAAAAGCCUUUUGCCAGCAGUCCAGUCUCAUUGUACAUCAGAGGAUUCACACAGGGGAAAAGCCUUUUAAAUGUAGUGAAUGUGGAAAAGCAUUUUGUCAAAAGCCAUCCCUAAUUAAACACCAGAGAAUACACACAGGAGAAAAAGCGUAUGAAUGCAGUGAAUGUGGAAAAGUGUUUUGCCGUAAAAAAGACCUAAUCAAUCAUCAUAGAGUUCACACAAGAUAAAAACUUUUUCAGUAUGACGAGUAUGGAAAAUCUUUUUGUUAGCAGGCAGUUAUUGCAUAAACUAAGUCACAUGCCUGAAGAAAUGUUGAAAAACUCAUACACAAAAAACAUUGAUUGCACUAGAAAGCAAAAACUAACAUGAGGUCACAGUUCACUAAUAUAUCCAUAAGGAGCAACAAAAAUAUUGCAUUGCCUAAAAACAAUCAUAUUUUCUGAAGUCAAUUCUCUGCAGAUCCUAUGAAGCUAAGAAAAACAAAAGUAUGUAAACAGAAAAAACUAGCUAGUAUAAAGCUACUCUCAGUCAAAUCGUAUAAAGUCCAAAUCAAGCAUUAGUAAAUUACAGAUAGGAUACAUUGUAAAAUUGCAGUAGGAUGUGUGAAAGUCUCAACAAUUGUCAAAUAAUAAACAUGAGGUGUGUCAUAUUUCUGAAGAAGGCUAUGUGUUGCUAAAAUAUUUGAAAUGGAAUCUACCUGAUGUAAUUUUGUUGUAAAUAAGUUCUGCUUUCACAUUUUAAUUUUGAAAAUAAAUAUUCUGUGUAUAACACUUGUUUUGAAUUCCAUAUAGCAUUUAUGCAGUUAUCUAGUAUAGCUUUUUUUAUAGUGCUAAUUCACAAAUAUUCUAUAAUAGAUUAAUAUGGGACUCACAAAUAUCAACCGAUGCAUGUGGCAAUUGUAAUGCUAAUAACCCAGUUUUAAAGGAUGAAUUUUUUGUUCAGAAUGGGGAGUGAUUCAUUUGUGACAUCUGGCAAACUGGAUCACUUUUGGCCCUUGUCUAAUUAUUGCAUACUUUUAGAGGUACAUGCAAGAGGCAUAAGAAUUGUUUGGCAUCUGACUUGUGAUAUGAUAAUGGCCACUGCAGUUUAAAUAUCAGCUGCCACAACUACUGUCACGUUCAUGCUGAU